GGUGCAGAUCUGGUCAUUUCGCCUACCAAACAUGAUAGGCCACUAGGUGGUGGUAAUAAACCUAGUACCGUGCGGUGGGGAGGAGGAGAAGAAAUUCAGUGCUUACGUAAUAAAUGUGCGCCCGUAUCACCAGGGGCCGAGGCCCGCAGAGAAUGCCCGUUUUCAAGCUCCUCUUCCUCGUAGACGUUUUUUAUUUUGCUCUCUUGUUUAAACUCUAAAAGUACAUCCUGUAUAAAUAAAAUAAAAAAACUGUAGGAUCAUGCCUGUUUCGUGUAUCGCAUAUAACUGCACUACUAAGAAGAGAGACAACCGCGUCGGAUUUCACAGAUUUCCACAUGAUAAUCCCAAACUCCUCAAAAUAUGGAUUGCCAAGUGCAGAUGGAAGAACUGGGAACCAUCUCCCAACACAAUGAUUUGUACCAAACACUUUGAGGACAAAUAUGUUAAUUGUAAUGGCCAAAGGCCACGUUUGUCAAAAGGAGCGAUUCCCACCAUAUUUGACUUUCCUCAUGGUGUUGGGCCAAAAAAGGCAGCAAUUGACCCACGCAGUAGACGGGCUGCAGAUAGGGGAAAAGAGACCGGAAGCGAGUUGGGAGAGAGAGAUGGGGAAGAGCCGGCAAAGGACGUCCGUGUCGCAGACAAGAGCCCUACCCUUAGCGACACGGGUGAAGAAGACGACUUUUCCCCUGAAGGGACUGAAUUCAGAAUAACAAGCAAAAUGUUGAAGAAAUAUUACGCUGAUCUUGGUAUUAAAAUGCCUGAAAAACUAGCACCAGUAAGAAACCAAUGGUUAAUGCAGCAGAUCAACCAGAAACUACAACAGGGGACGCAGACGCAGGAUGGACUUCAGACUCCCUCAACCUCAAAGAAACCUGGACCAGCGUACAGAAAGGCUACCUUAGUACUGGAAGGUCAAACGAGACGGGCCAAGGGAGCGGAAGACAACGUGCUGGAUAUCUAUCCUCUUGUUGGAGACCCGACGCUGUUCAGGAGACUGAUACCUGCCAGUUUUUUCCACAGCCACUACUGUCUUCCACAGUCUAUGUUCUGGCCUGGUGAUGCUGAGGCUAAUUUUGAGCCUACUGGAGAGGAUGCAGGGUCCACAUACCGGAAUGUUAUAAAGGUCAACAGGAGGUGGGAGUGGCUGGCGUUGGAUUUCCGAGGCCCGCUGCCAGACAGCCUCCACCGCGACCGCUACAUCAUGACCGUCAGCGACUACCACUCCAAGUGGGUGGAGGCGUUUCCCGUGAAGGACGUGGUGAGCAAGGAGGUAGCCGGGCUAGUGUGUGACCUCUGUGCCCAGUUUGGCUACCCGGCGAGGAUCCUCACACGCCUGACCAAGAAAGACACCCAGAAACUGAAUGACUUCAUCCGUAAUCGGUUGUCCAACGACGGUGUGAAGUUUGAGGGUAAUUUGCUGGUGCAGCAUCGCCAAACUGCUGACUUGGACUUUGUCACAGAGUGCUCCAUUAGCAGGAUGGUGUCUGAGCUGAUGAAGGAGCAUCCUAAGGACUGGAAUAUCUUCUUGCCCGGAUACAUAACGCGAUACUGCUGCAAAGAGCAUCCUACAACUAAGAAAAGCCCCUUCGCUCAAAUGUACCUCAAACAACCCAAGCCCAUUACCACUCCCAGAACUGCACCAGAGGGCGCUGUUGAAAAGAGUUCCUUUGUCAUUGACCUGUCAGGAAAGUCAGACGACAAAGAUGAUCAGUCGGCACAGCCUGAAGCGGCUGACCAGAUCCACCUCGAUGAGACAACUGGGGGCCUUCCAAAUGGAGAUGCUCAGGAAACCUCCCCAACCGCAUGAUGUUCUCGACCGCAGCUUAACUCGUUGGCAACAUGACCACACCAAUACUUGUACAUUUGGAUUGACUGCAUUCAUUCAUUCAAUUAGUUAUCUUCAGUUCUGUUCAUCAAUUCAGAAUUUUGAUUGUGAGGAAACGUUGUUCAUACAGUAGAGUAUUUAUUUAGUGUAGUAACUGAGAGGAGUGCAUCAUUCUGGCUCCAUAGGCCAUACAGUAGAUUAGUAGACCACAGUAUAUGUGAAUAUACUUGAAAGUUAGCCUUCUAUGCUGUGUCUGCGCUUCUUCUUUGAAGCAUUGACAUUUUUUUUGUUUUGGUUUCUCUAACGCCGAAGAUACUAAAACCAAAUUGUAGCAUUGUUGCAUUGAUGCUUUUCUUUGUCAUACAAGGACGUAAACUGAAUGUAAUAUAAAGACCAUUUUUUUGUUUGCUGCUGUACAUGCUUAAAAAUUGACAUUGUACAUUUUGUAAAAAAUAAAGAAUCUCCCAGAAAUAUC